CCUCUCACGCGAAAUUGGAUAGGCAGAUUAAAGCCCUUAUGAUCGCCGUUUUCCCUUGAAGUUGGUCGCCGGUUGCCGGAAAGUUUCUCUUUCACCGACCGGAAUCCUGAAUUUGCGUGGGAAGCUGUUCAAUCGAUGCUUUAUUAGCCUUGGUUGUUGUUGGAUUUGUUGGCCUUAAUUGCUGGAAUUUGACGAGUAGUGCUCUUGCCCUAAUUCUCGUGAAAUUUGUACAAAUGUAUGUUGAUUUCGCUUUCUUAGCUAAGACCUGGACUAAUUUUGGUGCAAAUUUCGUUGAUUGUUCUAAUUUGCGCUCGAUUUAUUUGCAACUGAAACUCUCUGUUGCUUUGCCCUUGUUUUGGUCGAGAAGACGAGACAGUGAAAGAGUUCAUGAUUAUGUUGUGGCAGAACAUGGGUCAAAGAAGAUGGUUGUUCUUGUUGGCAGUUUCUGUUUGUCUGCUUUCUAUGUCAAGUGGUAGAGUUCUCAAGAUAAAGACCGAAGAGGAUCGCCCUGUUUACAACCAUACACUUGCCAGAACACUUGUGGAGUAUGCUUCUGCGGUGUAUAUGUCUGAUUUGACUGCACUCUUCACUUGGACCUGUGACAAAUGUAACGGUUUGACAAAGGGUUUUGAAGUAAUAGAGCUAAUAGUUGACAUCGAGCACUGCUUACAGGCAUAUGUUGGGGUGGCAAAGGAUUUGAACUCCAUUGUUAUUGCCUUUAGGGGUACUCAAGAACACAGCAUUCAGAAUUGGGUCUCAGACUUGUUCUGGAAACAGCUCGAUUUAAACUACCCUGAUAUGCCUGAUGCAAUGGUACACCAUGGCUUUUAUAGUGCUUACCACAAUACAUCAGUUCGUCCUGCAGUUUUGAGUGCAGUAAAACAAGCAAAGAAUUACUAUGGUGACAUCGAUAUUAUCGUUACUGGUCAUUCCAUGGGAGGAGCCAUGGCUUCCUUUUGUGGCCUAGACCUAGUUGUCAAUGAAGGAGAAGAAAAAGUGCAGGUUAUGACAUUUGGACAACCUCGUGUCGGGAAUGCUGCCUUUGCAUCUUACUACAGCAUGCUUGUACCUAAUACCUUCCGAAUCACACAUGACCAUGAUAUUGUGCCUCAUCUUCCCCCUUACUAUUAUUAUUUCCCUCAGAAAACGUACCACCACUUCCCAACAGAGGUAUGGCUGAGAGAUGUCGGAUAUGGAUAUCUAAUUAUCUAUGGUGUAGAAAAAGUUUGUGACAACACCGGCGAAGAUCCUACUUGCAGCAGAUCCGUAAGGGGAAGUAGCAUUUCCGACCACCUAGCGUAUUUCGGAGUCGAGUUAGGGUGUGAGGCCUCGAGAUCGUGUAACGUAGUGAACGCUCCGCUCGAGAGUUACAGCUCAGUGGAUACAAAGGGAAACAUAGUUGUGUCGAGGACACCGUCUUCUCCAAAGGUACUGCAAAUGAAAACCCUGUCUGAAACUGAAACUCAAGUUGAAGGUUUCUAAAGAGUCUUUGGUUUAGUUAUCUGUUGAGAGAAUGUUAUUUUGAUUCAUUGUGGAUUGGAAGAAAGAAGAAUGUGUAUAUACAGUGAGACGUCAAUUACAGUUGGUAAAUAAAUACGUUAAAAUGUAA